CGCGGGUUGUGCGUGCUCUGUCCGCCCAGGCAUCGGACGCCGGUCGUUUCCAGCCUAGGGGCCAGAGAACUACCAUCUCCAGUCACAGCCGUGCCAUUUGGAUACCAAUAGAAAAAAAGACUACUUGGCACUUUGCUGCGUUGGAAGUCACUCGGCUCAUCCGGAACAUGAGUGGACGGGCCCGCGUGAGAGCGAGAGGCAUCGCCCGCAGCCCCAGCGCGGUGGAAAUGGGGCGCCCCCAAUCCUCGCAGUGGCCUCCAUCUGUUGAUCCUAGUAAUAAUGAAGCAUUAUCUAACCGUGGCUUCGUGGGAACAAGCGGGAUUUCACAGCAAUGCUCAGACUCCACUGAAAAGGGUGUGAACAGCAGUUUGGAGCAGGUGAUGCCGCCAUUUGGCUUAGUUGCAUCCAGUGACUCUAUUGAAGGACAGCGGUCAAGUCAGAGUUCUGGAAAAGCGUCACACUAUAAAGAUAACAUAUCUUCAGAUGAUGCUGGUUGUACCUUCAUGGAAAGAGGUGGGAAAAUCAGACGAGACUUAAUGGAUUUGGGUGUGUGUACCAGAGAGAAAUUGACCCAUGUGAGAGACUGCAAAACAGGUUCCAGUGGAAUACCCGUGAAACUGGUCACAAAUCUCUUUAGUUUAGAUUUGCCCCAGGACUGGCAGCUUUACCAGUAUCAUGUGACAUACACGCCAAAUUUAGAAUCUAGAAGAAUGAGAAUUGCUUUGCUUUAUAGUCAUAGGGAACUUUCCAACAAAGCAAAAGCAUUUGAUGGUGUCAUCCUUUUUCUCUCACAAAAGCUGGAAGAAAAGGUCACAGAAUUGUCAAGUGAAACUCAAAGAGGCGAGACUGUGAAGAUGACUAUCGCUCUGACGAGGGAGCUGCCGGCAAGUUCUCCCGUGUGCGUCCAGGUCUUCAGCAUCAUCUUCAGAAAGAUCUUAAAAAAGUUGUCUAUGUACCAAAUUGGACGGAACUUCUAUAAGCCUUCGGAGCCCGUGGAAAUUCCCCAGCACAACUUGUCCCUUUGGCCAGGGUUCACCAUUUCGGUGUCACAGUUUGAAAGCAGGCUCCUGUUCAGUGCUGAUGUGAGUUAUAAAAUCCUCCGGAAUGAGACUGUCCUGGAAUUCAUGACUGGUCUCUGCCACCAAACUGGCAUGUCCGGCUUUACCCAGACAUGUGAAAAACAGCUGAUUGGGUUCAUUGUCCUUACAAGGUACAAUAACAAAACCUAUCGCAUCGAUGACAUUGACUGGUCAGUGAAGCCCACCCAUACCUUUCAGAAGCGGGAUGGCACUGAGAUUACCUAUGUGGAUUACUACAAGCAGCAAUAUGAUAUUACUGUAUCUGACCUAAAUCAGCCAAUGCUUGUUAGUCUGUUGAAAAGCAAGAGAAAUGACAACGCUGAGGCUCGGAUGGCCCACCUGAUACCUGAGCUCUGCUUUCUAACAGGGCUGAGUAGCCGAGUAACCUCUGAUUUCCAACUGAUGAAGGUCGUGGCUGAAGAAAUGCGGCUCAGUCCUUUGGGAAGGCAGCAGCGCCUGGCCAGACUUGCUGAUGACAUCCACAGAAACAAGGAUGCCCGUUUUGAGCUGGAGACCUGGGGACUGCAUUUUGGAUGCCAGAUGUCUCUGACUGGCCGGGUUGUGCCUUCAGAAAAAAUACUAAUGCAAGAUCACAUAUGUCAACCAGCAUCUGCUGCUGAUUGGUCCAAGGAUAUGCGAACUUGGAAGAUUUUAAGUACACAAUCUCUGAAUAAAUGGUUGAUUAUAUGUAGUGACAGAGCCGAAAAUGUGACUGAGAACUUUUUGAGCUGCUUGAGAAGAGUUGGAAAUUCCAUGGGAUUUAAUGUGGACUGCCCCAAAAUCAUAAAAGUACAAGAAACCCCAGCUGCAUUUCUUAGCGCCAUACAGAAACAUUUCGAUCCUGCUGUUCAGUUGGUAAUGUGUAUUCUGCCUUCUAAUCAGCAGAACUACUAUGAUUCCAUUAAGAAAUAUUUGAGCUCUGACUGUCCAGUCCCAAGCCAGUGUGUGCUUGUUCGGACCUUGAAUAAACAGGGAAUGAUGAUGAGUGUCGCCACCAAGAUUGCCAUGCAAAUGACCUGUAAACUCGGAGGCGAGCUGUGGGCUGUCGAGAUCCCUUUAAAGUCCCUGAUGGUAGUUGGUAUUGAUGUCUGUAAAGAUGCAUUCAACAAGGGAAUGGCGGUGGUUGGAUUUGUGGCCAGCAUUAACCCCAGAAUCACCAGGUGGUUUUCCCGCUGUAUCCUUCAGAAGACAACAACUGAUGUUGCAGAUUGCUUAAAAGUUUUCAUGAUCGGAGCACUCAACAAAUGGUACAAGCACAAUCAUGGCUUGCCAGCACGGGUCAUUGUGUAUCGUGAUGGCGUAGGGGAUGGCCAGCUCAAAACACUUGUUGAAUACGAAGUUCCACAGCUGCUGAGCAGUGUGACAGAAGCAAGUUCAAAUGUCAGCUCCAAACUGUCAGUGAUUGUGGUCAGGAAGAAGUGCAUGCCACGAUUCUUUACAGAGGUGAACCGCACUGUUCAGAAUCCGCCACUUGGCACUGUGGUCGACUCUGAAGCAACGCGUCCUGAAUGCUAUGACUUUUACUUGAUCAGCCAGGCCGCUUGCCGGGGAACUGUUAAUCCGACGUACUAUAAUGUCAUCUAUGAUGACAAUGGCUUGAAGCCCGACCACAUGCAAAGACUUACAUUCAAAUUAUGCCACCUGUACUACAACUGGCCGGGCUUAAUCAGUAUCCCAGCACCGUGUCAGUAUGCCCACAAGCUGACCUUCCUGGUGGCACAAAGCAUUCAUAAAGAACCAAGUUUGGAAUUAGCCAAUUCUCUCUUCUACCUGUGAUGACACGACCCAUUGGCACCGCUAGAUGUGGAAUCGAGGAGUAGUCAGUAUACUUUGUGCAAAUCUGCCGUCAGUUCUCAAUCGAGGCCGUGACUGGGGAAAGGAGAUUAAGCUUAGUUUUAACUUCUGGAAGAAAAACACAGAACAAAAUAACUUAAUCUGAAAAGAUUCAAAAGAAAUGUAUGUUGUGUUAUUUUAGAGUUACAUGCUUAGGGUAAGUUCUUAUUGUGAUACACGGAAUUAAAAUUUACCGUCACCUGUAAGUAAUUCCACAAAGCUAAAUAGCCUCUAAGAAAAUAAAUGUUUGCAUGAUGCUUUACACUUGAUCUUAGCCAAAAGGCUGAGAAGCAAUUGCAUGAUGUUUGAUGGUAAGUAAAUGGGGUCUAAUUCUCACCCUAAAUUUUACAAAAGUUUUCUUAAAUAAUGGCAUAGAGCAUUUUU